CGUUCUUUUACACCAGUUUGUUUUCUUUUCCACUUCCAUGUUUCUGCGUUAAUUUUUUGUCUUAACUUUCACUUUGUUGUGAAUCCGCCGUGUGUGCACAGUCGACUUGAUUGUGGAAUUUAAUCAAACAAGGUCAACGGAAAAGAAGUCCAAAAACAAAACGUACGCGUCAAGAAUAUUAGAGUUCUUACCAAUUUCGUAGCAGAUAGCCCAUAAAACAUCUAUACAAAGUGUAUGUAUGUAGCUGAGGGCACCAAGCAAAUCACUACUUUUCGUUGAACAAUUGGUUGUGUGCGUUAAAUGUGUUUGUUGUUGCACAAGCUCCAAUUUUAUAACGUAGGAGCACCGAAUACGGCACGACAAGUGGCGGUGGUGGUACGACAACAGCCACAAAGAAUCAAACAGUUUGUUUAUUGCAUGAAGGCAACAGGUGAUUGUGGAACUGUAAUUCGACGAAAUGACCUCACGAUAUGAGCGCAUCAAAGCUGAUUGUGUGGCACGCAAAGUUCUGUGGGAGGAUCCGGACUUCGCAGCCGUGCAAUCAUCGGUUUUCUACUAUCAAACGCCACCGUUCACAUUCCAGUGGCGCCGCAUAGCCGACAUCGCUGAAGCACAACAGGCGUGUUUUGUGAAUGAAGCUGAAAAUUUCGACGUAAUUCCUGGCAAAAUGGGCGACCGUUGGCUGGUAUCGUGCCUGGGAGUGCUGCAUUCGCUGCGCAAUCUGUUCUAUCGCGUUGUGCCCGCAGAUCAAAGUCUUGACAAAGCGCACGGUGUAUUUCGUUUUCGUUUGUGGUGGUGUGGUGAGUGGGUGGAGGUGCUCGUUGACGAUCGCCUGCCCACCAUCAAUGGCCGCUUAGCGUUUCUACAGCCACAAACUUCGCAUUGCUAUUGGGCGUCACUGCUGGAGAAGGCGAUAGCGAAGUUGCACGGCUCGUACGAAGCACUGAAGUAUGGCACGCGUUCGGAUGGGCUCAGUGAUCUCCUUGGCGGUGUGGUCGAGUGUAUACCGUUGAAAACAGGCACUAGUGCUACAGAUCUGCUGCGGCCGCAACAAUUGAAAUCACAUCUGGAUACCACCUGCAUAGUUACUUGCAUUGUAGCAGCUGUUGGUGCGGCUAGUGGCCAACACAAAAACGUGCCUGAACGGCUGGCGAAUGGUGUCGCGUUCAAUGUCAACUACAGACUUUCUUCGCUGGACAAAGUGGAAACGCUGUUGGGUGACGCAGUGCAGCUAGUGCGUUUAAAAGAUCCAUUGUCGUGUAAUGUUUUUGAUAACAAUGCCGUAUUUGAAGGCGACUGGUCAGCUUUGUCAGCGUCUUGGGAACGCGUUUCGGUGCAAGAACGAGACCGCUUAUUUGGUCAAUUGGACGUCGGCGAGUUCUGGAUGUCCUUCCUUGAAUUCACACAAACGUUCACCAGCCUCGAAUGCAUCUAUUUGGACGCUGAUACAGCCAAAGAUGAGCUGACAUUACAAGAUCGACCAAAGCGUUGGCAAAUGAAAAUGUUCCAAGGCCAAUGGAAGCGUGGCGUCACAGCUGGUGGCUGCCGAAAUCACGAAUCUUUUCACAUAAAUCCACAGCUGCUGUUGAACAUACAAGAGAAGCAAGAAGUUGUGGUGGCAUUAAAUCAACACACAGCCGUAGAGCCCAAGGUUAUAGGCUUCUCAAUGUACAAACUAAGUGGCUUAGCGAAUGGCGGAAAGGGAAAGUUCAGCGAAUGCCUGCCAAAGGAAUUCUUCAAAACGCAGGUGAGCUUCCUCAAUUCCGAUUACGGCAAUACACGGCAUGUCAGCUAUCGCUGUCAGCUGGAAGUUGGUCAAUAUGUGCUCAUGCCAACCACAUACGAGCCGGGCGAAGAGACUAGCUUUACUGUGCGUUUUCUGGGUACUGCAGCCUUGCGUCUAUCGCUGCUCGAAACACAAACUAUGAUGCUACUGGACCCUUUCCCAGCACUAAAAACUGAAGUUGAAACCACUAAGAACAAAAGUGUAUGCCAAUAUGAGCCGGUGUUUAUGCAAUUGGCAGAUGAGAAUAAAACAAUUAACUGUUUUGAGCUGCACGAACUGCUGGAGGCAUGUUUGCCCAACGAUUACAUCAAAGGUUGUGCCAACAUCGAUAUAUGCCGCCAGGUGAUCGCACUACAAGACAAAACUGGCACCGGCCGUAUUAACUUCCUGCAAUUCAAAACGUUUAUGGUGAAUUUGAAAUCAUGGCAAGGCGUAUUUAAAAUCUACACAAAAGAAAAGGCGGGCGUUCUGCGUGCCGAGCGCUUGCGUGACGCGCUCUACGAUGUGGGGUUCCAGUUGAGCACGGAGAUAAUGAAUUGUCUAAUGCAACGCUACAUACGCAAGGAUGGCACCUUGCGGCUGAGUGAUUUUGCGUCAGCGGUGCUGCAUCUGACUGCCGCAUUCGACUACUUUCAACGCAAGGAUCACAAUCAGGACAAUGUAAUCGAAAUUGAAAUGUCGGAUUGGAUCAAGUGUGUGCUGCGUUGCUAACCGAUAAGUGAAAAGUAAAAUUCGACGUUAUUAUUUUAUAUUUAAAUAACUUCUAUGCAGAAUUCCCCAACCACUUUUUGAGCAUAGUUCAAUUUUUAAGUGCAAUUCUUACGUACCUUAGGUCAACAAAAUUAUAGUUACUGUUUAAUGUAUUUACUUUUAAAAUUCGAAACCAAAUCAACAUUUGGAAGAUGAUGAAGCGCGGGCGUUGAAGCUUAAAAAACAAUAGGUCUGUUCAUGAA